UCGGAGACUGUCGCCCGCAUCAAAUCAAAAUUUAAGCUCUGGCUUCACAGUUAGAUUAUCUAAUAAACCACGCAUGCCCUGUUGUAACACCAAAAAUACUAACCACAAUGACAACUAUUUUCGUCCAAAUUAUCGGAUAAAAGCAUUAACGGAAAAAUUCUACGCCCGUCAUGAGUCAUUUGAUUGCGAUCCGAAGCUCUUAAACUCGCCAAAAGUGAAUCACUAUGUGGAUUUGAUUAGCAAACAACGUUCCAAUGCUUUAAAAAAUCGUUCGCUGGCACCGAUUACGGAGAAUCAAAAAUAUGGUUGGUUAAUACAUUUGGUAGAUGCACCGGACGAAAUUGAUAGCAGCUUACUGUAUUACGGACGGAAAGUUGAUUCGCAGAUCCAGCUCAUGGCUGUCAUUGAGGCAGAAACGAAGCGAAAUAGUGGCGAAUGGUAUCGCUAAAUAAUGUGAAAUAUUGAGAAAAACUCCUGGAGGUUUUGCAAAAUUUUUCAACAAAUAAAAUGGUGAAAAAUAAAUACAUAUGUAUGUAUGUGUUUAGGUAUAUAUCUAUUUGUUGUAAAGAGAUACA